CAACUCUUUACUCGAAGCCGCAAAUCAAUGCUGAUCAUGAAGCAAUCAGAAUGGAAACUCCUACAGUAAUUUAGAGCUAAUUAAAUCUUUUUCGGUCAUUUAACUGUCUAGUCCGGGGAUCAGCCGCUGAAACGAAAGCGCCUCGUAAGGAUCAAGCUAAUAACCAGGGUCCCCAGCUUACGUAUUUUGUUUAAUCUUCCCUCGGACUCUUGAAUGCGAGCUGUGUCUCGUCUCGUCUUUCUCCAGUCCCAAUCUCAACUCUUUCACGGCCUCAACUUCUCACAGCCUCAACUUCUCACAGCCUCAACUUCUCACAGCCUCAACUUCUCACAGCCUCAGUCAAACCGUCAAAAUGUCGACCGUAUCGCCAGAAACAACAAACGCGGAUACAAUCUCGCCUCCAAAAUACACAGCAAACGCUGAAUCCCCCAAAGACGAGAAAAUCGCAAUUGAACAACCGAAAAUUAACGACGAUAACCUCCCCGAAGUCGUCACCGAGCAAACGAGCCCAGCACAAAUGAGUCCUCCACCCGCGAGCGAAUAUAACCCCGUAUCGACUGUUUCUCCCGCGCCGGAUAGUAUAAUGAACUGGGACGGUACGCAAUCGCCGCCGAUCUUGCAGCAUCCUGCUCUUGCCCAGCAGCAGUACGCGGGGCAUCAGUCAAUGGUCAUUCCAGCGCAGCAAACACCGCAGGUUCCUGUGGGAGAAACUGUUACGCCGUUGCAUUUGCUUGCUGAUCAGGCUGAUAUGAUGGAUUGUCCUUUUUGUCAACGGCGCGCUGAGACAAAGGUCAAGAAAUCUGCUUCUUCAAUGACACAUAUCUACGCAACCGCUCUCUUCUUCACGACUCUUUUCGGUGUCAUUUUCCCAUACGCAUGUCAUUGCGCGCCAAACAUUAGUCAUUUCUGCAAAAACUGCGGUCGCAAAGUCGCAUUCAAGGAACGCGGUGGACAGAUGGAAGCAUUGGGCACGCCUGAUCAUUUGAGGGAGGUCUCGAAGUAUCCAGCUGCUCAACCUGCGCAGAAAUGAGCAGUUACGGGGGUGCAAGGCGUUGGUGGCGAUCUAUUGUCUAAUCUAAUGUUGCGGUUCUUCUUCUGCGAGGAGAGGUGCUGUCUCGGGAGUCUGUCUGUCUUUCUUCAUCCCGUAGGAUGCGACUGUGUAGAUACCAAAAAUACCCAUGAAUGUACUGAAUGCGAAUGCGAGGAUGCCUUUGAGGGUGAAGCUGUGACUGUUAGUGAGCUCGCGCGAGGGAUUGGGGGACGUACCCUUCU